AUGGACAUAUACGCUCACCCCACGAACAGUGAGAACAUGAACACGUACACUUACACCACGAAGAGUGAGGCCGUGGACAUAUACGCUCACCCCACGGACAGUGAGAGCGUGGACAUGUACGCUCACCCAAUGAACAGUGAGAACAUGAACACGCACACUUACACCACGAAGAGUGAGGCCGUGGACAUUUACGCUCACCCCACGGACAGUGAGAGCGUGGACAAGUAUACUCACCCCAUGAACAGUGAGAACAUGAACACGCACACUUACACCACGAAGAGUGAGGCCGUGGACAUAUACGCUCACCCCACGGACAGUGAGAGCGUGGACAAGUAUACUCACCCCAUGAAGAGUGAGAGCAUGGACAUGUACGCUCGCCCCAUGAACAGUGAGAGCAUGGACAUGUACGCUCACCCCAUGAACAGUGAGAGCAUGGACAUGUACGCUCACCCCAUGAACAGUGAGAGCAUGGGCAUGUAUACUCACCCCACGAACAGUGAUUUCAUGGACACGUACUCCCACACCACGAAGAGUAAGAGCAUGGGCACCCCACGAAGAGUGGGAACGGGGACAUGUACACUCACCCCACGGACAGUGAAACCGUGGACAUGUACGCUGACAUGGACAGUGAGAGCGUGGACGUUUACAAACUUUCUGGUCAAGGCCCUUUACCUCAUGUCUCCAUGCAAUUAA